ACAGCUGCGUUACAAAGUGUGUUUCCUCACACUGAACUUGGGACAUUCAUGUCUCUGAGCAAACGAGACAAGGAGAAACAGCUGCAAGAACUCACUCAAAUUGUCUCUGGUAUUCGUCUGUUUAACAGAGAAUGUGGCAAGGGUGGUGAUGGCGUUGAUGAUUGUAAGUUUAACAUGUUUAUUUACUUGAUGUGGUGCUUAAAACCAAACUUCUUAACAAGGACUUAGGGUAGUCAUCAAAGAGAGACCGCGUCUUCACUUCUGAUUUGGUUUUGGUAGACUCGAUUUGUUUCGUUUUGGUAGACUCGAGACAUUCGCGGUAAGGCCUCAGUUAAAAGAGGAUGAGAGUUUAAUGAGAGCCACAAGCGCAAAAGCCUAUACAAAGUUGGCAGAGGUCUUCAUGAUAAAUUCAUGUAAAUGAAACAAUCUUGUCUAAUUACAGUGCCAGCAAUUCUCAGUGAAGCAAUGCCAGCCACAAGUAGCAAAGUUCAAAGUGAGAUUGAUAUGACACUUGAAAUGGCGUACACAUUUACAGGUAAGUCACACCAUUACUCUACCCUAAGCUUGUGCUAAACAAUGUUUGGUAGACACAAAGGAUCAUAGUUCGUGAGGUUUUGCACUAAUCAAGGUGUUAACGACUAAGGAACAGUGCGCGGAACAGGAGGUCCCCCCCCCCCACGAAUUUUGUAAUUUUUCCAAAACUUAGGAGAAACUGGCGGGGGCCGUAAACUCGCAAUGCUUUUAUCUCUGACAUAAAAUAUACGAAAGCUGAACCUUUCAGAUUAUCGUAAAACGUGUCUAAAGGCGGAUUUCCAUUCAGUGCAAAAUGUUGCGCGAUCGACUUUUUGCGAUCGUUUUCUUUUGAAAUGCAAACAGUCAAGCGGAACAAAUCUCAUUAGCUGUAGUUGACUGCACAUAUUUCAAAAGAAAGCGAUCGCAAAAAAUCGAUCGUGCGACAUUUUGCACUGAAUGGAAAUCCGCCUUAAAAUGCAUGAAAUAGUGUUUCGCCGACCCAAAAAACAGGGGGGGAUUUCCGGGUGACCAUGCGCCCCCCAACCCCUUAUACUAUAUAGGAGGACUCCUCCAUUGUGUUACUGUAAAUAGGUGUUAAAAUGAACACCGUUCAACCAUUUUUUUCAGCGAUAGUUGAACAUUUCCUGUCGGAACCAGAUGAACUGCCAGAUGAUGUACCUCUUAUUUUGUUGAAAGAAUGUUUGAUGAAUCUCAGGCAGUUGGAAACAUUUUUAAGCGUUAUUUUGGUAAGUUAUAAAACGUAAUUUUUCAUACUCGAAAAUCGCACUGUUUAAAAUACAUUCGCCUACACAUUCCCCAGCAUUGACGAGACCGACGCUUUAAACCCUGCAUGUGAGCGCUCGUUGCAAUUUGCAACAAAAAUGCCUCCUGUAUAUGUGUAUUUUGUAUUUUAGCACGAUGUUGUUGACUGUGCCAGACAAACGGAAGCACUGGAAAUUCAAUUUAAAGCAAGAAUGGAAAAUCUUAGAAAUACCGUGCAAUCUAAAACUGCCGUUCCCACCGCACAAGUCUAUGUAAGGAAUAAUACAUUGCGUACAUUUGUAAAACAACUAAUACUAGGUUUCCGUGCAAUUUCUGUUUUUACCGAAAGUAUUCUUCAUGCAUACCUAAGUCACUUUUCUAAAGAAAAUUCUUAUGAUGACAGCGGAUGUCCCAAAUUAGGCAAAUUGGCCAGUUCAGAAUAGCAAGUUUAGAACUGACAGUCAGUUUCUUCUUUCAUUUAUCACCCCCUUUCUCAUACGUAUUUUUCACUUUGAAUUAAUAGCCUCAAUUUAUUAACCUGUCACAUAUCUGGACUGGUUUUCAAGACGAGAUGGUCUUACUCAGUGUUCUCAGUAAUAUCCAGAGCAGUUUGGGGCCUUUUAGCAAGGUAAUGUAUUUAAACUUUGUAUACGGCAACCAUGCAUGCAGGUAUGAUAUGGCUCAUGUUUCCCGCACAAAGAUUAUAGGGUUGUGAAGUGUUGUGAUUGCGGUCAACAGUCAAGGCCUUGAAUUUUUGUUUUCAAAUUCAAGAACACUCAAGGACUUUCACGUUUUGUACGAACCCUGGGUCAAAAUCAAAAUGAAAUAGAUUCGUGCACGAAAAUUAGGAUAUUACCUGGAUUUUACCUAAAAUACCUGCACUCAGUUGAUGUAUAGUCACACUGAAGAUUCGUCGGGAAAUUUCGAGUUACGGAUAGGGUUAAUUAGGGUCAGUGUUAGGCUCAGAAGCUCGGUGUGACGUCACUACAUCAACUGAGUGCAAAAUAAACUCUCCUAAUAUUGGACAUGUUGUUGCUCGCUACCCCGUUAAAAAUUAAUACUCCGCUGAAAUUAUUCCGUUCCAGGUGAUCUGGGAAUUAUUCCCAGAUGAGAUUCUUGAGAGGCUUUUGGGGGGAAUUGAAGUAAAGACAGACAAUGAUCGCCUAAUGGAGGUAAACGUCGACACGAUCAUAUUUGAGCUACGCUUCUUGCAAUUCAGAACUCGAUGGGUGGUUUGGACCCCCCAACUUAAACUUUAAAUAAUUUUAUGAUUGUUUCUAGAUGAGUGACGAAAACAGUCGUAUAAAUCCUCAUGAUAUCACUCGAGAUGAUUUUGAAGUUUUAUAUCCUGAAACUACGAAGAAUUUUGAUCGUUUGCCUAUCUUGUAUAGAGUAAGUAUACCUUCCUCGUUAGAUAGCCCAUCAGAUAACUCAAACGUGUGGAUGUAGUGUUCUGCAUUAAGCUGCCGUAGCCUAUUGCCGUGGUUUGUGUCUGGACUACCCGAGAAAAGAUUAAAAACACGUCUUGAACAAAGGGGUUUCGUUGGGAGGUAUAAUUGCCGUCCUUGACAUAAUGAGGGUCCUUCCCUCAAAUUAAACAUUGAAGUCUUUCGGUGUUUUUCAGGUAGUUCAAACGCAAACACCGUCGAUACAGUUCUUUUAAGUGAUUAAAAUCACACCGCAUGUGUUAUUUCUUUUCAUAAAUCUCCCUUGAGUUAAAGAAGAACAAGUUUUCUCUAGCUUGUGUUGUUGAAUGAUUACUGUAAGGAGGAAGUAAUACGAGCAACAAAAAUUUCUGCAACUUGAAACAAAACUGAUUUUAACGCAUGUUAUUGGAGGUUAAUUGUUAAUUAACAUGCAUUGAAAUCAGUUUUUGUUCCAUGAAAUUUUAUUUUGUGACAGGGUUUUUGUGCUUGGUCUUUGGUAAACGACAAGAGUUUCGUUUUACCAUCCAACCCCGCGAUUGGUGUGCUGUUGUAUAACAACAAUUAUUACGCUUUCUCUACCAAAGAAGCUUCUUAUCAAUUCACUGAAGACCCAGAAAAGUAGGUAUAUAUAAGUCGAUCACUGGUCCUUAUGUUAGUGCAGGAUAAAGCCAGUUUUCCACUAGGCGGAAUUUUUCUUUGUCUUAUUAGAAAAGACAAAAAGAAUUCCGCUCCGCGCGUAAAAUUUCGCCUAGUGAAAAACCGGCUUUAAUCACCUUGUCGUUUGGACGGUCGGAGGGUAAGGUAGGUAGGUAGGAAGGUAAAACUUUAUUUAAACACGCUUGCCUCCUCAACAUGGUGCUGAUUUCCAUGAGGGGCGUCACACAAAUAAUACAAAGAAAAUAAUCAAGUUAGAAAGUUACAAUUUAAAAAUAUUAUAUACAACUAUAUACAAAAGUUAGAUUACCACAUAUAGCACAGCAUCACCUCUAGCAUCAUCUCUUUUUUGAAGCAGUCGAGAGUAUCCGCCGAUUUAGCUGCAGACGAAAGGUCAUUCCAUAACAUAGCGCCGCUGUACUUAAAGCUUCUUCUUAGAUAUUCUGUUCUAGGUUUUGGAAGAGUUAAAUCACUUUCGCUAUUUCUGAGAUUAUAGGUAUUUUGUGUCACAUUCCUUUUGUGAAGAGAUUCUUUUAGACCCGGGGCAGCCUGGUCAUUUAGCACUUUGUGGGUCGGAGGGACGGCCGUCGCGGUUACACUGGUAAGGUCGAAACACAGUGGACGCGAUUCGACAUCGCGGCGCGAUUUUUCAGUUUUUGAAAGUUAAUAAAACAGCCAAUGAAAGGAAAUUUUAAAAUAUAUGUAGACCAAAUAAGUCAGAAUAUUAAAGCGCUUCUAAAUGUUUUUAAAAAGGUUGGAUCAAAGUUAUCGGUCGGUGAAAAUAGAAAAAUAGCGCCGCGUUGUCGAAUCGCGUUCGGUGUGUUUCGGCCUGUAGUCUUUUGGUCAGUCAUGUGAACAGGUGGCUAUAAUCAAUCAGAUGUUCAGUCGAUCGUUUGGUUGAUCAGUUUAGUUUGUGUAAUGCACCUAUCAAUGUUAACCCCCAGAGGGGGGUUCGGGCAUAUGUGGGGAUUUUGAUCAGCAUUUUGGCCCCGAAUUGGGGCAAUUUGAACCGAAUGACUUUUAUUAAUAUAGUAUUUAUUGCAAAGUGGUGGGGCAUUUGACCAAUAUUUAUUGCCCGACGGUGGGGCAUUUGAUUGAAAAUUUGCUCAAUAAAUCAAAUGCCCCACCUAUGCCCGAGCCCCCCUCCCCUCUGGGGCUUAACAUUGAUAGGUGCAUAAUCUUGACACUUGACCAAUAUUAUCGUGUUUUUAUAAGGUAUAUUGCCGAUGUGGCCUCAGCUGCAAAGAAAUCGCCAGAAUUGAUUCAAUUAUUGGAACUUCAUGCACAGUUUGCUGCCAUCACUCCUUAUCAGGUGAGCACAAAAUAAGUAAGACCAUUGGCAGGGGAGAUCCCAGAUCUAGUGUCGGUAAUCUCCGAGUACUCGCACACAUUUCCUACCAAUAUUUUAAUCUAAUAUAAUAUUUAUAUCAAUUAAACCAUAUCUUACAGGCCUUACUACCGUUGGCUACCAUUUGUGAAACCCACCUAUUUAUACCCCUGUAUUCUAAAAGUUCACUCACACUUAAAGAGUGGAGGUUCAAUUUGAGCUUCCCUUGGGUGUCAGCGCUGUUUUUUGAAUAGCUGGAGAGUUAGUAUCGUACCUUAUUAUGUGACUACUCACUCUCCAGCUAUUCAAAAACAACAUUGACACUCAAGGGAAGCUCAGAUUGAAUCUCUACUCUUUGAAUGUGAGUGAGCUUUUAGAAUACAGGCGAUAGACCUUAACAGGUUAAACAUUUUUUCUCCCAGGAGCAAGAUUCCGGGAGGUAUACAGAGGCUCCUAUCACCAAAUGCGACAGUGGCACACAGACUGACACUCACUUUAUGGAGUCCAAUAUUGUCAAAUCUUAUGAAUGGAAUGAAUGGGAACUACGAAGAAAAGCUAUUAAAUUGGUAUGAGGUUAUAGUGUUGGAAGAUGUUUUAUCAAGAUUGGAAUAUGGUAACAUUGGGCAUAGCAACAGUGUAUACCCUGUUACGUUGAGUUACUAUUUUUAGACUUUUGUAAUUUUGUAUUCUUUUGUAUUUUAAACUUAAUCCGAAACCUAACCCUUACUCUAAUCCUAACCCUAAUCUUAAUCCUAAAAGUCUAAAAAUAGUAACUCCCCCUAAAACGCGACUCAUAUGUAUGCAACAGUGCCAUUCUAGCUGUCCAUGGAAUUUUCCAUUAUCUUGUUAUUGUUUUGAAAAUCCCAUAUCUAUUCUCCAUAUUACCCGGUCACGACCUAGUGAUUGGUAUGUUCUAUAGUUUUUUUAUGACAGGCUCACUGUUCUCCAUGUAAUCAGUAGUUAUGAGGGCCUAUUGCAAUGUGAAACUAGCCAUAACAACUGGUCAUGUUAUUUGCAUUAUUAAGACAUUUGCAUGGAAAUGCAUUGGCUUCACCGUGCACGUUUAUUACAUGACCAGUUCCUAGAAAGUACCAAUGUGAAAAUGCUGUGCUGAGUGGUUAUAUUACUACCUUAAAAAACAAGGCGUAAAAAAAAUACCUGUGGUUCCGGUUCCCGACCGACCCUAUUUUUUUCUGCCGACCCUAUUAUUUUUUCAACGCGAUUGACCGUACGACCCUAUUUUUUCCAGGUGGUUGCGGGCUGCUCAUACAGCGUGCCAAAAUGACGUCUGUUGUCACACUAAUUAUUGAACCAAAUUGCCUAAAUUCGUCCAUAGGAAAUACGCAUCUCUAGUUAAUAUUGAUGUCGGGACUCUACUGCAAAUCGCCCAGCAAAAAAACACGCCAAAACCAUGAAAAAAAUAUUUUAAAAAAAAAUUUAUUUCCGACCUACCGACCCUAAGUUUUUCACGAUAUGAAACCGGAACCACAGGUAUCUUUUUUACGCCCAAGCAGAAGGUUCGCUCGAAACGUCGAGUUUCUGCUUGUUUUUUUAAGGUAGUAAUAUAACCACUCAGUGCACCAGUUCCUAUAUGACUAUCUUCGGUACUAUGAUAUUGAGAAUUUUUAUUCAUGUAAAAUUUAGGCAAACUUGAGGACACGAGUUACUCAUUCCAUGCAAACAGAUUUAAGUAACUACAAGAGAGACAAUACUACUCAAGUUUAUCUUCCAAAGUAAGUAACGAAUUUAAUCAAUUAUUAUUUAUAUAAUUCAUACUCCCUGUAAGUAUAAGCUUCGCUUUGCUAUGGAGUCAGGCAAGGUUGCCCUGGCAACCAAUGUGGUCAUGAUUUUAAAACAACUGAGAGAGAGUGCUCCUAUACAGGACCCUAAUCUUGAAAAGGGAGCCCUCAUUGGGGCCAAUUAACUAUAGCGGCUCUCUGAAUCUGAACUAGAACAGAGACUUCUGUAGGAGCUCCAAAUCGAGAGGAGCCAAUUUGAGACUGACCCAUUACAGGAGUCCUGGAGAGAGGAACGUUCAAUAAGUUCGGAGUCUCUAGGACCUUGGACGUCCGGGACAAAUUGGCCUUUUCUCUCCGGCGGGCCUCCCUCUCGCCGUCUUGUUUAAUUAACAGGGAGUUGGAGAACGGCGCGGAUGUGGAACAAAUUUGCUUAUUUUUUUAUCUGAGCAAUAGCAUUGGGGCUUCCGUGGCUCAGGCGUCAGAAGCAAGCGCCUUUCAACUCUGAGAUCGUGGGUUCGAUUCUUGUUACGGACUCAUGUGAAAAGAGUCUGUCAACGCUCUGCCGAAAGUCGUGGGUUUUCUCCGAGUGCUCGGGUUUCCUCCCACAGGGAAAGUUGACAGGGUGGGUUAGGAUAAACACAGUUAAGAAAGUAACAUCACAAUGGACCAUUUGCAUUAUAGACUAAAUUUUGGUCUAGACAAAAAGAGCAUCACAGCUUGAAAGAGCAUCACAAAAUUAGUAAUAUUCCAAAGUUUCGUUGCGAAAUGUUGUAAAAUGUGGAUAAUAUAGCCUUGCGAAAUUUUCAAUUUUCAGUCAUUUUGUAUUACAAACGGGAAAUUGAUGCCCCAACACCCGAUUGGGCUGUUAAUUUCCCGUGCGUAAUACAAAAUGACUGAAAAACGGCAAAUUUCGCAAGGCUAUAUUAUCCACAUUUUACAACAUUUCGCAACGAAACUUUGGAAUAUUACUAAUUUUGUGAUGCUCUUUCAAGCUGUGAUGAAAUGUUUGUCUAGACUUGUCUAGAUCAGAAUUUAGUCUAUAAUGCAAAUGGUCCAUUGUUGUAAAUAUAAAAUAAUUUAGGCUAAGUUAUAAUACUUGAUGUAAAGCGCAUUUCAUCAUAUCCACAUGUAAAUUUGCGCUGUAGAAAUGCUAAUCGUAAUGGAUGACUUACGCUUUAGAAAAAUUUUUAAUCUGGGAAUAACAAAGGAUAUUUUCGGAAAGAAGUUAUCAAAAUUAGAAAAACUGCAAAGUUUGGUUGCGAAAUGUUGUAAAAUACGGAAAAUAUAGCCCUGCGAAGUUGGCAAAUUUGUAUACAUUUCUAUUACGCGCGGAAAUUGGUAACUAAUUUAGUUACCAAUUCACGCACGUAAUACAAAAGUAUACAAAUUUGCCAACUUUGAAGGGCUAUAUUUUCCGUAUUUUACAACAUUUCGCAACCAAACUUUGUAAUAUUACUAAUUCCAAGACGCUCUCUUUCCAGCUGUGGUGAUAGAUUUCGUUGUUCUUACUUAGAUUAAAAUUUAGUCUAAAGCGCAAGUCGUCCAUUGUACUUACAGUUUUAUUAAAUGAUGCUAUUCCGAGUGUCUCCACCAACUUUGGCGACCAUGGGUUUGCUAGCCCAGCGUUCUAGCAAUUCGUGCCCCAACUGAUAGACCAUUGGACUAGUAAACCGAAAUUCUCAGGUUUAAUUCCCGGCGUGGUCAAGCUAUUUCGGUGGAUGGAGUCAAAUUCCCUAAUAACUGAACACUAUUUGCCAUGUGUGUAGGGACGGUGAUACUCAAACAAAACGCGAGGAAUCAACGAGCGUUCCCAAACCAUCUCGAUACAUGGCAGGGUUACGAGGAUGUAACUCCACCAAAACCACCAUCACUAUGGUAGAUCUUACACUGGAUGUUGACCAGACAUGAUGACGUCAUAAUACAACUACCACUACAUCACAUUACUGGAUAGUGACCAAACACGGUUUGUUGAAUAUUGCCAUACCAUGUACAGUUUGUAUAUAUUGUACAGUAAUAUUAUUAACGGCUAGUUAUUAAAGUUUAGAAUAUGCAAUGUAUAGCAGAGAAAUGACACGCAAAACUUAUAUUGAAUCUAGAUGAAAUUGACAUCUAAUUGAUGUCAACCUUUGGCCCUUUUCAUAACAUUCUAAAUUUUGGGCAUCUUGCUAAAUUGAAGAGAAUGUUGAAUCGCCUUUGUUGACGGGCUUUUCGUCGUUUUCGAGCGAAAACUAUACAUAUAUUUUAGACCGGGAGCAGUUGCAAAAAAUGCAACUAUAGGCCUCCAACAGGAAUCGAACUUGCGGUUCUGCGAUUCCAGUGCAGUGCUCGGAGUACUAUACUGAGCUACAGAGUCCCAAGAGCGAACCAAAUUUAGUUUGCAAUAGUGCCAUCCAGUUACGAUAUCGUGAUCGGAUUUCAUUGUUUUGAAAAUUCCCACUGUUCUUCAUCCAGUUACUCAAUAUUUUGAUAUAUUCGUCGCGUUACGCAAAAGGCCCAAUCUCGUACCCAGAGCCAUCGCUCUGGGUACGAGAUUGCAAAAGGCCUAUUUCGAACGCCACACAAUUUCCACACCAAAAGAAAGAGAAAGGGCUUUUCAUUCAUAACAGCAAAAACUAUCAACGAAGGACGUUCGUUCCUAUCCUCCUCUGCAGACAACUUGGUGGAAAACAGGGCGAAAUGUACGUAAUAUUUAGCAGAUUGAGGGGUGGCGAGGUGGCCUGGCAGUAAUGAAGAGUUUUAUUUCCUCAGUGCACAAUUAUCCCUUAUGAUCCCAUGUUAUCCCCAUCAAUCCUAUAUAAGUAUUGCGUAAUUCGUGGGCACCACGUUGCCUGCGGGGGAGGCUAUAUCGUUCCCUAGGCACUAUGUUUGAUGAGAAAUAGUUAUUAUUUAAACAUGUGGAAAAACAUUCAGAGCUUUGUCUCAGCCGCAAGGUAAACUUGUCAUGCAACUUAAGUAAACUAAUACAUCAUUUAAUAACGAGAAUGAUCUGCAUUUACAUAAAUAUACACUCAAUGUAAUGAGAACUUUAUGGAAUAUCAGAAUCCUUGUUUAUACAAGACUCUAUAUAUUAUAUUACAUUCUAAGCUUUACCUAUCCUACAAAAAAGGUAAUUUCAUUAAUAAUAAUAAUCCACGAAGAAAACAUAAAGGAAAUCAUGACCGGGGAGGAGCUUGCAUGUCUUGGCGGUGAAGUGCAAUUUUCGAACAAAAUCCCUAUCACACUAAUUCGUAUUUCCGUAUUCCACAAACAAAAUCCGCCUCAUCCCCCAAAUAUCUGAUACAAAACCCUACAUAUUUACAUUUCGUUUUCUCACUAAAUAUCAUUCAUGUUUUUAAGAUUAUUAAAGAAUACAAACGUUUUCAUGGGGACAUAUAACAAUCUUACAGGCUUCGCCUGCAUUCACCUCUAUGUAAGGUAUACAACCACUAGUCUUCGCUUCGGCUCGUGUUUGUAUAUCUUAAGGAGGCCUGUCUUCAGUCGUAUAUACGAUUCCGGUUCUUAUUC